AUGGACAGUAACGAUAAUUCGGCCUAUUCGUCAGUGAUUAGAGAGUGGCAAGGUGGAAAUUUUCGUGGUCGUAGUGGACGAAGAAAGAGAAAACGACGAAAGCCAUGGUGUGAAAGAAUUGCCGAUUGGACACGAGCUUUCAUUGCCUUUCUAUUUAGUAAUGUUGGCAUCGUAUUUCUCGUGGUCAGUUAUACAAUUGCCGGCGCAUUUCUCUUUCAAUUUAUUGAGGGCAAAAAUAGUCUCGAUAGAGCCAGUCACGUUCUUACAUUAAGAAAUGAUACUGCCUUUCGUCUUUGGGAACUCACAUGCAAGUUAAACGUAUUUUCGGAGAGGACCUGGAAGGCGAGAGUUCGUGCAGAGCUUGCAAAUUACCAAAAAGAGAUCGUGAGUGCAAUAAAAAACGGAUACGACGGAGCUGAUUCAUCGAGUGGUAGCAGCAAGCAAUGGAGCUUUGCCGGUGCUUUCCUUUAUUCACUUACAGUCAUUACCACUAUCGGUUAUGGGAACACUUGCCCUAGGACCAAAUGGGGUAAAGUGGCAACGAUAGUGUACGCCAUUGUUGGAAUGCCACUUUUUCUCCUCUACCUCAGCAACAUUGGCGACAUUCUCGCCCGGAGCUUUAAGUGGACUUACGCCCGUUGUUGCCUUUGCAGAUGUCGCAAGAGACCUCGAGGACCUCCGCCUCCUCGAGAACAAAUAGCAAAGAAAAACCAUUGGCAAAUGGUAAAUUUGCAUGGGAGUGAAAUGGACACUUCAAGUCUGGAUCAGGAAAAUAGUUCCCAUACGGGAGAAAUUGGAGAAGGGGAGGAGGAAGAAGGCGAAGAUGAUGAUGAAGACGACGAUGACGAAAGUGAUGGAAAAUAUGAUCCACAAAGGGUCACUGUUCCCCUCACUCUUUGUUUUGCCAUUAUGGUGGGGCAUGGCAUUGAUUGCCAUGUGUUUCAAUCUGAUGCAAGAGGAAGUGAUCGCCAAGAUGCGUUCCCUCGUUCGCACAGUAAAACACAUAUUCAGGUGUGA